AUGAAAAAAGUCUUAUUGACUCAGACAUCAAAUGAGCUGGUCCAGAUUUAUUCCUCCACUCCAUGUGUGCGAACGAUAGCGAAGCAGCCGUUUUUGGCUACCAAUGAGAUCCAUCAAGUAAUGCUACAGUAUGUGCCGGAUUAUUCAGGUCAUCGAACCCAUAUUCUGACGGCCGUGGAUGUGUCCUCCAAACGUUUGGUGAACAUAUGGAUGGCUCAUGCCAAGGCAGAACCUCCAAACAUCUCAAAAACGUAUGAUAUGCGCAUUCCAAUCAGCGAAGACACCAUAAUAACCAAG